UUUGUACAGCGAGGCAGGCAGGCAGGCAAGGCGUCUGUACAUGUCUGUCUGUGUAUUUUCACGUCAGUUUAACAGGAAGCGUGCCAUUGUGCGUAUGAGAGCGAACAUUUCAGUGUUGGAGGGGCGCGAGCUAGUUGAGCAGUAGUAACAACACCCAAACCGAUUUCUUCACUUUCCUGAGCGUUCACUGUCCUUUCUACACUGUUUCCUCUGUGCAAUGGAUGGCAGGGAUCUGUUCUGCCUCUCUCUUCUGCUGUCCUGUGCGGCCGUACUACCAUGAGCACUUCUACUCCAUCCACAGCUAAUGGCAACGAUAGCAGACAGUUUAAAGGAGACCGUUCUCCCUGUGGUCCUUCCCGAGUCCUCCACGUCCGCAAGGUUCCCAUCGAGGUGUCUGAGGCUGAGCUCAUCUCUCUAGGAGUCCCCUUCGGUAGAGUCACCAACCUGUUGAUGCUGAAAGGGAAAAACCAGGCUUUUAUAGAAAUGGCUUCUGAAGAGGCAGCGAUCACCAUGGUGAACUACUACACCACAGCAACACCUCACGUACGCAACCAGCCAGUCUACAUCCAGUACUCCAACCACCGCGAGCUCAAGACAGACAACCUGCCCAACCAGGGGAGAGCUCAGGCAGCGUUGCAGGCGGUCAACGCAGUGCAUUCUGGGAACAUGGCGUUGGGCGGUUCAGCAUCGGGCAGUGAUGGAGCCUUGAUGCCAGGACAGAGCCCCGUGCUGCGCAUCAUUGUAGAAAACCUCUUCUACCCUGUAUCACUGGAGGUCCUACACCAGAUCUUCUCUAAGUUCGGGACGGUCCUGAAGAUCAUCACUUUCACCAAGAACAACCAGUUCCAGGCCCUGCUACAAUAUGCUGACGCGAUGAAUGCCCACCAUGCCAAAGUGACUUUGGAUGGCCAGAACAUCUAUAACGCGUGCUGCACUCUGCGUGUGGAGUUCUCCAAGCUGACCAGCCUGAAUGUGAAGUACAACAACGACAAGAGCCGAGACUUCACCCGCCUGGACCUUCCCUCCGGAGACGGACAGCCCACCAUGGACCCUGCUAUGAGCGCCGCCUUCGGUGCUCCAGGUAUCAUCUCUUCGCCUUAUGCUGGGGCAGCAGGUUUUUGCCCCACUAUCGGAUUCUCCCAAGCAGGUCUGUCCAUGCACACGAUGGCAGGAAUGGGACCCCUGGUCUCGGGACGGAUGACCCUGCACGGCAUGGCUCCCACCGCCGUUCACUCUGUUCUCCUUGUCUCCAACCUCAACCCCGAUAGCAUAUCACCACACGAACUGUUCAUCCUAUUUGGGGUGUAUGGUGAUGUGCAUCGGGUCAAGAUUCUGUUCAACAAGAAAGAGAAUGCCUUAAUCCAGAUGGCCGACGCUACUCAGGCACAGCUUGCAAUGUCCCACCUGAACGGCCAGCGGCUGCACGGCAAGGUGAUCAGAGUGACCAUCUCUAAGCACCAGACGGUCCAGCUGCCCAGGGAGGGACAGGAAGACCAGGGCCUCACUAAAGACUUCAGCGGCUCCCCGCUACACCGCUUCAAGAAGCCUGGAUCCAAGAACUUUCAGAACAUCUUCCCUCCCUCUGCCACUCUCCAUCUAUCCAACAUCCCCCCGUCUGUAACAGAGGACGUCCUUAAGGACCUUUUCUCUGGACCUGGAUACACAGUCAAGGCCUUCAAGUUCUUCCAGAAAGACCGGAAGAUGGCUCUGAUCCAGUUGGGUUCAGUGGAGGAGGCCAUCCAGGCCCUGAUCGACCUCCACAACCACGACCUGGGAGAGAACCAUCACCUCCGCGUGUCCUUCUCCAAGAGCACCAUCUGACCCGCCUGAACCCCCACUUCCCCACCCCUAAGGCCCCACUCCUGGGCUGGGCUAGCGGGAGUGAGGGACAGAAUGACCCACUUUGACUUAAAAACAACAGACAAUUGACUAGUUUAGAUGAUAUUGUUGAGUAAUAGACUACUGUAAUGCAAGGCCUUCAGAUAGAGACAGAGCUGGUCUGGAAGGAGUGAUGGUUGAUUUAUUCAGGGCAGAGAAGAGAACAGAGAGUCGGGAUGAGUUGGCAUGGUGCAUCAUUAAAUCCUUAAAUAGGACCCUAACCUACGGGAUGGGAGAGAGGUAUUCAACGCUCUUGGGAGGUUUCUGCCAAGUAUACCAUAGACACACCUAUACCACAGACACACAAGUAUACCACAGACACACCAAUCAUUGAAUACUUGACACUUAGCCCUGCUAUACAAUCAAGUUGCACAAUAUGCAUGAGUUAUGAAAGCUCACCUGCAACUCACCACCUACAGACCCACCACCUACAGACCCACCACCUACAGACCCACCACCUACAGACCCACCACCCACAGACCCACCACCUAUAGACCCACCUACAGACCCACCACCUACAGACCCACCACCCACAGACCCACCACCUAUAGACCCACCUACAGACUCACCACCUACAGAUCCACCACCUACAGAUCCACCACCUACAGAUCCACCACCUACAGAUCCACCACCUACAGACCCACCUAUGACCCACCCCCUACCUACCCACAGAUACAAGCUAGUCAGUCUUAUCAGCCGGUCAGUCUAAUCAACCACAGAGCACCACAGAGCCUUGAUAUGACCUGGUCAGUUUGGCUGAAUGACAGUAAAGGCCAGACACUUAGACAUGAUUGACACGGUGAACCUGACUUCUUACUGGAUGAGAACCUGGCACUUCCAGCUGUAUUGCCUUGUUACAAUACAACUGAAGUACCAACCCCCUCUACUCCUUAUUGUUACAAUACAACUGAAGUACCAACCCCCUCUACUCCUUAUUGUUACAAUACAACUGAAGUACCAACCCCCUCUACUCCUUAUUGUUACUAUACAACUGAAGUACCAACCCCCUCUACUCCUUAUUGUUACAAUACAACUGAAGUACCAACCCCCUCUACUCCUUAUUGUUACAAUACAACUGAAGCACCAACCCCCUCUACUCCUUAUUGUUACAAUACAACUGAAGCACCAACCCCCUCUACUCCUUAUUGUUACAAUACAACUGAAGUACCAACCCCUCUACUCCUAAUUGUUACAUUAUAACUGAAGCACCAACCCCUCUACUCCUUAUUUUUACAUUAUAACUGAAGCACCAACCCCUCUACUCCUUAUUGUUACAUUAUAACUGAAGCACCAACCCCUCUACUCCUUAUUGUUACAUUAUAACUGAAGCACCAACCCCCUCUACUCCUUAUUGUUACAUUAUAACUGAAGCACCAACCCCUCUACUCCUUAUUUUUACAUUAUAACUGAAGCACCAACCCCUCUACUCCUUAUUGUUACAUUAUAACUGAAGCACCAACCCCUUCUACUCCUUAUUGUUACAAUACAACUGAAGUACCAACCCCUCUACUCCUAAUUGUUACAUUAUAACUGAAGCACCAACCCCUCUACUCCUUAUUUUUACAUUAUAACUGAAGCACCAACCCCCUCUACUCCUUAUUGUUACAUUAUAACUGAAGCACCAACCCCUCUACUCCUUAUUUUUACAUUAUAACUGAAGCACCAACCCCUCUACUCCUAAUUGUUACAUUAUAACUGAAGCACCAACCCCUCUACUCCUUAUUGUUACAUUAUAACUGAAGCACCAACCCCUCUACUCCUUAUUUUUACAUUAUAACUGAAGCACCAACCCCUCUACUCCUUAUUGUUACAUUAUAACUGAAGCACCAACCCCUCUACUCCUUAUUUUUACAUUAUAACUGAAGCACCAACCCCUCUACUCCUUAUUGUUACAUUAUAACUGAAGCACCAACCCCCUCUACUCCUUAUUGUUACAUUAUAACUGAAGCACCAACCCCCUCUACUCCUUAUUGUUACAUUUUAACUGAAGCACCAAUCCCCUCUACUCCUUAUUGUUACAUUAUAACUGAAGCACCAACCCCCUCUACUCCUUAACUAACAGCACACCAACGUCAUGUAGUGGUGAACUGUGAACAUCAUUGUCGUUUAAGCCACGUGUACCAGUAGUCUGGCAACUCUUCAGUUACUGGAUGUCUUCUGAGAGGAUGACUUACCGGAUGAGAAUAAACGGAUGAAUCCGAGACACAUGUUGAACGGUUAUCAUCACGGACACGGAGGAAGGAUCGAAGGGCUGAUGAAGCCGAUAGCAACGCUCCUCCUGACCAAUGGGCUGCCUCCAUUUCAAGUAACAUUAGGACAUUGAUUGAGGGGACCAAUGAUCAGGCCUCCUCCUCUGUGACGUCACGGUGUGACAUCAUCAUGGCGCGAUGCUGAGUAUCAGAGAAGCUCAGCUAAACAUUUCUACCACACUACUCCACCAUAACAACAACAGCUGUUUUGUUUAACAGUGAUGGUUAUCAUUGAAAUGUCAAAAAAGAGAGAAAACAGUUAAAAGCAAAAAUGGGAAUCUAAUUUACUGUGCAGAGUCCUUGGACCAGACCAGACCAGGGAGUACAGUGGACUACAGUAAUGACCUGUGAAUAAUUUAAUUAGACCCUGAGGUCUGGUCUAUCCACCUAUCAGAACAGCCUCCAGAGCCAUAGUCCUGGGUCGUAUUCAAUAGAAACUAACGGAAAAAACAUACCCGAAACAGGGAUGAAUUAUCCUGAACUGGUCCAAUAAGAAACUCUUGUUUUCAGGGCCUCCCGAGUGGCACAGCUGUCUAAGGCACUGCAUCGCAGGGCUUGAGGCAUCACUACAGACCUGGGUUCGAUCCCAGGCUGUGUCACAGCCAGCCGUGACCAGGAAACCCAUGAGGUGGCACACAAUUCGCUCAGCGUUGUUUGGAUUAGGGGAAGGUUUGGCCGGCCGACAUGUCCUUGUCCUUUCGCGAUAUAACGACUCCUUGUGGCAGGCCAGGCGCCUGCAAGCUGACUUCAGUCACCAGUGGAUGGUGUUUCCCCCGACACAUUGGUGCGGAUGGCUUUUGGGUUAAGCAAGCUUGGCAGGGUCGUGUUUCAGGAGGACGCAUGGCCCUUGACCUUUGCCUCUCCCGAGUCCGUAGGGAAGUUUCAGCGAUGGGACUGUAACUACGGAACUCUUGUUUUCCGUUGCAAACAGCUUUUCUACUUUGUACACUACUGAAUAUGACCCAAGCCAACUGGCCCACACCGGACUGCACAGCUCCGUUUGGCUGGAGGACAAGCUCUGCUGAGAGGGGAAUGGACAUGUGACUGUCCCAAAUAGCACCCUAUUCCCUAUCCAGUACACAAAGUAGUGCACUAAAUAUGGAAUAUGUUGCCAUUUGGGAUUCAUCCCAUGUCUGUCUGUCUGGCUCCCAUAACGAUGGUCUGUCUGGCUCCCAUAACGAUGGUCUGUCUGUCUGGCUCCCAAAACGAUGGUCUGUCUGGCUCCCAUAAUGAUGGUCUGUCUGGCUCCCAUAACGAUGGUCUGUCUGUCUGUCUGUCUGACUCUCAUAACGGUGGUCUUUCUGGCUGUGAAGCUCCCAUAAUGAUCAUCUGUCUGUCUGGCUCCCAUAACGAUGGUCUGUCUGGCUUCCAUAAGGAUGGUCUGUCGGUCUGUCUGGCUCUUAUAACGAUGGUCUGUCUAGCUCCCGUAACAAUGAUCUGUCUGGCUCCCGUAACAAUGCUCUGUCUGGCUCCCGUAACAAUGGUCUGUGUAGCUCCCGUAACGAUGGUCUGUCUGUCUAGCUCCCGCAACGAUGGUCUGUCUGGCUCCCGUAACGAUGGUCUGUCUGGCUUCCGUAAUGAUGGUCUGUCUGUCUUGCUCCCAUAAUGAUGGUCUGUCUGUCUGGCUCCCAUAACGAUGGUCUGUCUGUCUGGCUCCCAUAACAAUGGUCUGUCUGUCUGGCUCCCAUAACAAUGGUCUGUCUGGCUUCCAUAACGAUGGUCUAUCUGUCUGGCUCCCAUAACGAUGGUAUGUCUGUCUGGCUCCCAUAACAAUGGUCUGUCUGGCUUCCAUAACGAUGGUCUAUCUGUCUGGCUCCCAUAACGAUGGUAUGUCUGUCUGUCUGGCUCCCAUAACGAUGGUCUGUCUGGCUCCCAUAACCAUGGUCUGUCUGUCUGGCUCCCAUAACCAUGGUCUGUCUGUCUGGCUCCCAUAACGAUGGUCUGUCUGUCUGGCUCCCAUAACAAUGGUCCUUCUGGCUCCCAUAACCAUGGUCUGUCUGUCUGGCUCCCAUAACCAUGGUCUGUCUGUCUGGCUACCAUAACCAUGGUCUGUCUGGCUCCCAUAACCAUGGUCUGUCUGUCUGGCUACCAUAACCAUGGUCUGUCUGGCUCCCAUAACCAUGGUCUGUCUGGCUCCCAUAACCAUGGUCUGUCUGUCUGGCUCCCAUAACCAUGGUCUGUCUGUUUGUUUGGUCUGUGGAUGAUGGGAAUAACAGUGGAUCUGUUUGUUAGCCCUGAUCUGACAUCUUUAACUCGAUUCAAACGUUUUCUAUUUUCUUCAACAGACGAGCGCUUCAGUGUCCUGGUACUUAUGGCCUUGUUCUACCUUGUUAUUACUCACUCUGUCCCCGAUCCUGUCCCUCUCCUUGUUCUACCUUGUUAUUACUCACUCUGUCCCCGAUCCUGUCCCUCUCCUUGUUCUACCUUGUUAUUACUCACUCUGUCCCCGAUCCUGUCCCUCUCCUUGUUCUACCUUGUUAUUACUCAGUCCCCGAUCCUGUCCCUUUCCUUGUUCUACCUUGUUAUUACUCACUCUGUCCCCGAUCCUGUCCCUCUCCUUGUUCUACCUUGUUAUUACUCACUCUGUCCCCGAUCCUGUCCCUCUCCUUGUUCUACCUUGUUAUUACUCACUCUGUCCCCGAUCCUGUCCCUCUCCUUGUUCUACCUUGUUAUUACUCACUCUGUCCCCGAUCCUGUCCCUCUCCUUGCUCUCUUCUGGGUAUCCACCUCUCCAUCCCACAUAGUUAGCAGAGUGAAUUGGCUUCCCUCUCUUUCGCCUUGCAGUUUUACAGAUCAUCCAUGCUUUUAUAUGGGAUCAAACCAAAAAAGAGGGUGUAAACCAAUGUACACCUGGCAUGAGAUGACACUGAGUUGUGCUUCAGUCGAAGUGCUGUGUCCUUCAGAAACCAAGAGGAUUCCCUUCUAGAACUAGAAGGAGAAAUAGAAUGGAUUCCUUCUAAUUCUAUGGGUUCUCUCCAGGUCCAGGCCAGGUGCUGUCUGUCUGUCUGUCUGUCUGUCUGUCUGUCUGUCUGUCUGGUGCUGCUGUGUUCUAGCCUUAACAUUCCAAGCAGGGUCAUGUGGACCCGCUGAGUAGCAUUCUGGGUAAUUUAGGACUGUGUCAACUAACCUCAGCCCAUGUCAUGUCUCAUAAUAGCCAGGGGAAGAAGAAUACUAAUAAAAAUAUCUGUAAGGCAAGAGAUGGUGUCCCUGUUAAGAUUUACCUUAAGCUAAACAACGGUAAAUGCUUCUACAAUAAAACAUUUUUUUUUUUUAUCAAUUGAAAUAAUUGUUUUGAAGUUUACAAUCUUAACAAAAAGCAGAACUAUUCAAGUCUAUAUCCUAAAUGAUUGUCAAGAUUCUUUAAAGAAAAAGUUACUUCAUUUUUUUGGGUUAUUUGUUCUUUUUUCUAGAAGAGAAGAAAAGUCACGUGAAAACCUCACUAUAAUCAGACAAGAAAUCAGAAUCAUAUUUACUGUGUAUUUACUUCACUUCUUAUUACGUGCCUUAUGAUGUAACGUGUUCAUAAUCAAUAUAGGUUUUAUACGGUGUCUGUCUAUCAAAUCGCACCCUAUCCCCUAUAUGAUGCAUUCAUUUAAAGUAGUGCACUAGAUAGGGAAUAGGGUGUAAUAUGAGACGGACACUAUCCUAUGACAGAUUUGAUUCAUGUAGAGAACUGUGUUUUAUAUGUUGGCUGUAUUAUAUGAUCUUUUUGAAAUGGAAGUUAAUGUUUGGUGCUUUGAGUGCACUUCUUAGAGAAAUGAACAGGAAUCUCUGAAAUGCCACAGUGCGUGUGUGUACCGUGGGCCUCUCUAUCCCUGUAACACAGAAUAAUUAUUUCAAAGUUUGAAGACUUAUUCAAAGUCUUACACUUAUUUGGGACUUGGAUGUAGGCAUGUAUAACGUGCUAUUACUCGUUUUAGGUUUUCAUUCUAGUUUUAUUAGCUCGCUUGGGCAAGCAGUUCUGCAGCAGCAUCCUCAGAAUGCCUUGUUAUUACAAUUUAUUGAAGAAAAUACUGAUUGUUUAACAAAUCUGGUGAGGUCCAAAAAAAAGGGGCUUAGGUUUCAACAGUUAGAAGUGAAGCCAGUUUCUACAGUUAGAAGUGAAGCCAGUUUCAACAGUUAGAAGUGAAACCAGUUUCUACAGUUAGAAGUGAAACCAGUUUCUACAGUUAGAAGUGAAGCCAGUUUCUACAGUUAGAAGUGAAGCCAGUUUCUACAGUUAGAAGUGAAGCCAGUUUCUACAGUUAGAAGUGAAGCCAGUUUCUACAGUUAGAAGUGAAGCCAGUUUCUACAGUUAGAAGUGAAGCCAGUUUCUACAGUUAGAAGUGAAGCCAGUUUCUACAGU